CUUGUGUAUUUUUUUAUUUAGAUUUUUGUCCAACGUUUUUACAAGUUAAAACUUAUUUUAAAUGUCUACCUAUCAUAAAAUAGCGUCAAGAUUUUCAAAGAAUUGUUCAUGUUGAAAAUUUAGCACUUUUCAUUAUAAUAGCGAUUAUAUAUUUUAUUCCAGUAAAUUAAUUAUAGAGUAUUCGAGUUACAAAGAUGCAGUCACUACAAGAUUCAUCUCCAGCAAUGUCUACUUCUUACAAACACUUGAAGUACAAGCAUUGCCGUUCACCAGUAGAAUUAAAGGAAAAAAUGCGAAAGGAUUACAAGAGCAAGAUUCAGCACUGUAGAGAUAUGUUGUUAAACAGGUUUAGAGAAUCCAAUGUAGAGAAUGAACUUCAAUGCACAUUAAAUGAGUUAUAUAAAAAAACCUUUAAUUUUACUGAAACAUUAUCUUUAAAUGAAGAAGAGAAUGAACUGUUUGAGGAAAUAAAAAAUGAACUAAUUCAAGAAGAACUUAAAUGGUUAAAUGAAGAAUAUGAAAAGUCACAAAUGGACAACAUUGAUUGGUCUUCAUAUCAAGUUGAAGAUCAUGUUAUUUGCCCAAUUUGCCAAAAGAAUAAUUUUAAACUUGAUAAUGGGCUGCUUCAAUGUGACAUAUGUUGUAUGGAGAUAAGGACCCAAAUAACGUCUUUAAAGGAAAUCAAAAGUAAUAUUUUUAAAUCAAUGGAAAAACAUACUUCUGAAUGUGAUACCCAGUUUUCAAUAAUUUCUGAAGGAGACCAAAGCCAUAUUUAUCUAAUAUGUGACAGUUGUUUAGACAUACAAUUAAUUGUUUAAAUAAUAAAUUAAAACUUAAGUUGGGUUACCUAAA